UCAUGUCUUAUGCUGACAACGAAAAACAACACAUAGUCACUGGAAAAAGUGUUUGGAACAAGAAAAGAGAAACUGUGAAGGAAACAACGUUUCUUGUUGGCAAAUAUGGAACAAAACAGACUGAAUAUGCAUUGGCUGAUUCCAAAGAAACGCCGAAAGGACUUAUCGUGGAUGGGGUUUCGAAAUUAGAACUUACUGUUAUGGUGCUCGCUUCACUCCUCGCCCAUAUGUUGGCUAUGGGCUUCAGUUACAGUUUGGGUGUUCUAUACACAGAGUUCGUCCGUGUGUACGAGAGCAGUAGAACUCUGGCUGCGCUGGUACAGAGCCUCUAUCUGAGCAUCGCAAUCGCCGGCGGUGGCCUUUGGAACACCCCAGUCCAGAAAUACGGCGUCGGCAAAUGCGCCGUCGUCGGAAGCUUGAUAACUGCAGCUGGUUUGGCGGUGAACAGUGCUUUCAGCAACGUAUGGAUUGCCAUAGUAUUUAUUGGCGUGGUAUCGGGGUUCGGAGCUUCCAUAAUAAACAUAGGACCAUUCCUAAUACUAAAUAAGAUGAAAUGGACGGGGAAGUCCAAUUGCAUGCCUAUAAUUUCUAUUGGAGCGAGUUUGGGACAAUUUAUCACCACCGUGCUGGCGGAAGAACUCCUACAGAGGUAUGGUUUGACAGGAGCACAACUGAUAUUUUCCGGACUUCUCCUUAAUUUGUUGCCAAUCGCGCUUAUUAUGCAUUGUUUCGAAAAACGGGUGUCCCGUAACAUAUUGAAUUUACGUGAAAAUUCGGAAUCAAACUCACUUUUUAGUAAAAAACUUUGCAAGAUGUGGCGCUUUCAACUCAUGAUUAUAAAUGCUGUUUUAAUGUGCAUAGCCGUUUUUGUCGAGCCGAAAUUUAUUGUGGACUUAAUGGUACUGAAGAACUAUUCGCGGGAAUUGGGUUCAUUAUUCGCUUCCUACAUCGGCCUCGCAAACCUCGGCGGACGGAUUGUCGGGGCGUGCUUGAAGUUCUUCAUUCCGGGACACAGUAUAUUGAUCAUAGCGCUGGGAUCCGCGGUCAACGGAGCUUCACACGCCCUUGUACUAUACAUGGGGUCGUAUGGAGGGCUUCUGGGAGCCGCUUUACUCAGUGGAUUCUCCUACGGAAGUAUUGUGUCUCGUUUCUCCGUUAUGUUCUAUGAAAUAUUUGACAUUAGUUUAUUCCCGCCGGCGAUUGUCGGAUACAAUAUCGUCGGCGGUAUCGGUGGUAUCGUCGGCGGCUACGCUGGCGGGCUGAUUAACGACGAAACCGGAAGUUAUGACCUGAUUUUUCUUAUAGCCACGGUGUGUAGCUUUGUAAACGCCGCCUCAUUUCUGAUCCUUGUAGUGUCAAAGAUGUCGUGUUUAGCCUCUAGUCAGAAUCGUUAUGAGCGCAUUCCAAUCUGAUAAUUUAGGUUUAACAAAGAACCUUUAAAUUAAGGCAUAUUCUUAUCCUAACUUGCUACAACUAUUGUCAUAAAAUACAUUCAUGCAUUCAAUUUUUGUAUAUUGGUUAUUUAGUUUUGUAUGAGUGUAAAAUUA